AGCAAUAAAGCGCUUUUUGUCCAGGGAGUGAGCACUUGAGCGCAUUCCUUGACGUGGAGGUCCGUGUACCUCUCCAAGGAUUUAAUGAAGACCGUUUGUUAAUAAGCUUAAUACGUUCACAGAAACUUUUUUUAAAGAGAGAGAGAGAGAGUGAGAGCGCACGUUCGGAAAACUACAAGGUCUGGAGUUAUAUCGGCGAACUGCUGCGUUUGGAUAAAGACAGAAGCGCAAUUUCACAGCUUGGAAGUUCGGGGAAAAGACGACCUGAAAGCAAGAAAAGUGGAGUGAGACCGGAGGAGGAAGCUUCUUCACUGGGCUGAGCAUGGAGAGAGAAAGAGUCUACACCAUGAAGGUCUUUCUCACUCCACUGAUGCCCUUUCUGCUCAUCCUCAUCCUUCCUGAUGGCACCUUAUCCAACGAUUGCCCAAAGGACUGCUCGUGUUCCACGCCAGAAUCCAUUUUAUGUUUUCUGAGACGCUCCUCUACCAUUCCCAAGGGAUUGCCCCCAUCUACAAAAAGCCUCUACCUCUUUUCCAAUGGCAUUGAGGGCUUGACAUCUGAGGACUUUGAUGGUCUGAAGAACCUGGAAAUGCUGGACCUCAGUCAAAACAAACUGACUGAACUUCCUGAAAAAGUCUUUGAACAUUUGACCUCUUUGAGAAACCUGGACUUGUCAUCCAACCAGAUCACUCACAUUACAGAGGAAUGUUUCCAGGGUAUGGCACUGCUUGAGCGCCUUUAUUUGUAUAGUAAUAAAAUCGAGACCAUCCACCCUGCAGCCUUUGCCGGCUUGGAACACCUGCUGGAACUCAAACUGCAGAGGAACCAUUUGACAUCCCUGCCUGCUCUCUCAAUGCCCCAACUCCUGCUGCUAGACCUUCGCUUUAAUGUCUUACCCACCUUGGGUCCUUCAGACCUCCAGACCCCAAACCUGGAGUCGCUCAAAUUGGGUGGUGUGGGGCUGACCAGCCUGAAUAAGGAGCUCAUAGGCAGUCUAAAGAACCUCCACGAGCUUGACAUCUCAGGAAACCGUCUUGAGUCUUUCCCAGCAGUGCUAAAGGAGACCCAGGGGCUGAUUCACCUCAGCCUGGCUGGGAACCCAAUGGGUCCUCUUAAGGUUGAGGACCUUCAGAGCCUUGGAGAGCUGCAGGAGUUGGACAUUAGCAGCCUCAGUCUGCAGGGCCUUCCUGAAGAGUUCUCCCAACUUUUACCCCACCUCAGAAAGCUCACAAUAGCGGAGAACCCCUUCAACUGCCUCUGCACCUUAUCAUGGUUCCCAAGAUGGCUGAGAGCUCAAAGCAUCACCCUGGAGAGAACAGAGGAGACCCGUUGCCAUUUCCCACCUAUCAAUGCAGGAAAAGUAUUGGAAAGACUGGACCACAAGGAUUUUGGCUGUCCUACCACAACAACAGUCACCACUAGUACUGUCAAAACUACUACUGCCCUGCCUGUUCCUGUCACUACCCUCCCAAGUACUACUAAAGCUAUUCCAGUCCCCAGGGCCAGUGACAACCCCACAGACGAAAAUGAUGACUCUCCCCUGCCCCCUGUCCCUGCAUCCCCCAGUAGCAGUAGCAUGGAUCCAGUUGAGGAGAACCAUUUCUGUCCCUCUCACACCUGUCUUAAUGGGGGUACUUGUCGCUUAGACCAGCAUGGCCAGGUAGAGUGUACCUGUCCACAUGGCACCUCUGGAAUGUAUUGUGAAGUCCAAAACCAUCGUCCACCAUCACCACCUGAAGAUGAAAUCCCCAUGGUAACUGUUACUGUAGAUGCACCAGACAUCAGCUCACAUCAGGCAACCGCAACCUCAAUCUUGCUGGACCUCCACCGCUACAUUGAAAUGCGGCCUUACAUCCGUGGAAUACGCCUGACUUACCGCAAUCUCUCUGGGCCGGACCGCAGGCCCAUUCAACUGAGCCUACCAUCAUCAUUCCCAGAGUACAGACUCAGAGGCCUGAGGCCCAACUCCACCUACACCGUAUGUGCCAGUCCACUAGGUGCCCCUAUUGGCACAGACAGUGUCUGCACUGAGGCCCAAACUGUAGCUGAAACUGUCAGGGGCCACGAUGCACAGUUUGACGACCAGAGGUUGACCACUAUGCUGGUGCCUGCAAUGGCCAUCUUGCUAUUGGUGGUACUGAUAGCAAUAGCAGUGGGAGUGGUUUGCUAUCUUCGCAAGAAGAGGGCCAAGGGCCAUCUGGACCUAGACUGUGAGCCUUCUCAGCUAGAGUUGGAUGGAGUUAAGACUAGCUUGGACAAUGGGGCACUGCCUCAAAAACAGCCCCAACUUAUGAUCCCUGAACCUGCUGUUCAGAAUGGCAAUCUGGAGUAUGAGGUGUUGCUACUACAGGAUCACUGUACAUCAAAUAACAAUAUGUCUUCACACAAGCCUUCCUACUUUUGACACCUGGCUUUGAGUACUCAGACCUAAAGGAGGAUUUUAAUUCUUCAGCUCUGUUUUCCUCACUGGUGAAAUACAGAGAGCAGCAUAUGAUAUUGUGAAAGAGGAGGGCACAGUAUCAGCCAGCUAACCAGCAAUGGAGAACCUGGACACGUAUUUAACUCAAUGUCUCCGGCUGUCUAAGCAGACGUUAAACAAGUUCAGAAACAUUUGUUUGACUUAAAAAAACAACGAGAGUGCCUCUUCUCAAUUUACAUGCUUCAUCCUGCUUAAAUAAUAUUUCCUCAUUCACAUUGCUGGACUGGCGACCUAUCAGCGCCCAUGCUGUGAUGCUCGGACUGAUGGUGAUUGUCAUUGGCUGAAACCUAGGGUUAAGGGACACUGUGACCGCGUGCCCUCCUUUAUCUGUUCAUAAAAGGAGAGUGCACUGAAAUGAGGUUUAGCUGCCUUUUCCCAAUCACAACAGCCCACCUUGACACUACCAGCAAAUAUUUUUGCUGCAUGUUGCAACUCCUCAGUGCUACCCCAAAGGGAUCAGUGCUUGCUGUGAAUGAUCUUUAAGAUACCAAAUGAAGUUGUGCAGAGAAAAUAGCUGAUGCUUGUAUUGCUUUAUUUGGCUCUAAAUGCUAGUGAUUUUUUUUGUAUGUAUGUUUUUUUAUACCUGAGUCUUUGUUAAUUUUUAUUGUGCAACAUUGUGACUGUUAACAGCCCUCUACACCCUCCACCCCCCACCUCUUGUGACUAACAGACAAAACAGCAGAUUAAAAUCUUUGAAGAUUAAAACUCGUUUGGUACCAGCAAAGUCAAUCAAAGGGCUUUGCCCCCACAAUGUCAGACAGUCUAAGUAGAUGUGAGUCUGGACAGACUCAAGACUAAAUCCCCCUUCUCAAUUCUGAAGUCCCCAGCCUGCUUUACCAUCACAAAGGGAGAAGGUAAGCAGGAUUACAAAAGGUACAGAGGGAAGCAGUUGACUGAACUCCUUCUGUUUCAGUGCUGCACUGAGGUUCAACCAGUUUAGAUCUUGCAUUAAUUGCAGAAAGAACUCACAUGACCAUACCACAGCAAAAGAGAACUAAAGAGAUUUUAUUUAUUAUUUAUAUACCCUGCAAGGUAAACUCUGUCUUAUCUCUCAACCACAGCUCACACAUAACAUGCAACUUGGCGUGGCCGAUAACUAGCAAAGCAAAUUCUGGUUGUGUAUUGUGUUUCCCUUGAGUAAAAAUAGUCCGCUCAGCGUAAUGCUGCGCACCAUCCAAGUCCCAGUUUUGCUCACUUGCACCUAACCAGACUAUGGAAAGGCCAGUCGCACAUUACAGCAAACUUAAUAGUGUUGCUAUUGCUGUGUAGGGGACAAUGAGACACAGAGAGGUGAGCUCCAGAUCUGUGAAUAUAGGGUGAAGAAGGACUCAAAGGAUUGAGAGAGAGGAGGAAGACUGUGUGUGUGUGUGUGUGUGUGUGUGUGUGUGUGUGUGUGUGUGUGUGUGUGUGUGUGUGUGUGUGUGCAUCUGUAGCUCUGUCAACUUCAGCGAUAAUGCAGGUACAGGUUCUGUCUUGUGCAAAGACCUGCAGACAUCAAGUCACUAUCAGUUACCCCCUCUCUGUGCCCGCAUGUCUAGGAGUACAUUAAGCCCCAAACAACUCGACCCAUGGGCAAACACACCAAAGACACACCUGCGAAUGUCUGUAAAGUUACCUGCCUACAGUAUUCCCAGCGCACAAUUAACAAUUCCAUGCUAACAAAAAGCCUUGGCAACACACACAAAAAACAAUCAAGCAAUGCAACUGGAAUGUUUGUCUGUAAAAUAGAAUACAUUGAAGAUAACCAAAAGUAUUUUCAAUGUGAUUGUUAAUUUUUCCCUGUUUAUUUUGGGAAGCUCCUUGUUGUCAUUUGUUGCUUUUUUUAAUAAAAAAAUUCUGUGAACUUAUUUGUACAAGCGGAAAAGUGAUAUUAUCAUUAAAUGAAUAUCCAAAA